CACAGUCGCAUCAUAAUUUUGAUGUGGAAAUUACCAUCUUCCACAUCAUAAUUAAGGCAAAACUGUAGUAUAAAAAGUUGCAGUCCUAAAUCAACUCACGCGAGCUUCCACUAAACACUAAUCAGAAAGAAUUGUUGACUUGACUCAAAACAGAGAAUGAUGAAGUCGCGGACACAAACACGCGGAAAAGAACAGUCCAUUCCUAUAUUUAACAGGCCAUUAUCUAAUUGGAAUUGAAUCCAGCUUUAUUUCAAGAGGGUUUCGACUUUCAAGCAUUACAAUCACUACUACUUAGAUUUCAAUUUCAAAUCUGUAAGUCAUCAUUUCUCCAACAUAUUCAUCAGUUUUGUUUAUUUCCUUUCACUUCGUCCUUGAAAUUAAAAUUCCACAUCAAAUUGUUUUGUUCUUACUAAUUUACUUUCCUUUAUAUAUAUUUUUCUCUACUUUUAAUUUAAUGUACUUUUUAAAUUUAUAUUAUAGUUUAAGAUUUACAAGUAUAUUUACAUCAGUUUACAUGAGCACUCAAGAACCUCAUUGAGGUCAUCAUCAUCUUCUUCUUCAUCACCUUGGCAGAGUUUUAGAAAAAGUUUGCACGCCUUGUAUAUGCUGCUUGGAUAAGGAUUUGCGUUUGGCUAAGGAAAAUCAAUUUUGUUAGAGCUCUUGAAAAAGCAAAAGAAGAAUCAAACUUUGCUAUCAUCAUUCUCUCAAAAAACUAUGCAUCUUUAACAGUUUCCAAGAGCAGACAAGGAGCCUCAAUGUCAUCGCCAUCUUCUUCUAUGACAUCUCAGUGGAAAUACGAUGUGUUUCUUAGUUUUAGCGGUGUAGACACCCGUAACAAGUUUACGGGCCAUCUAUUUGCUGCUUUGGAAAGGAAGGGCAUUUUGACCUUUAUUGACAAUAAACUUGAGCGAGGAAAACCUAUUUCAUCAGAGCUCUUGAAAACAAUAGAAGAAUCUAGGUUUGCUGUUAUCAUUUUCUCUAGAAACUAUGCAUCUUCAAGUUGGUGCUUAGAUGAACUUGCAGCGAUUGUUAGAUGCAUGAAAGAGACAGGAUUGACAAUUUUUCCCAUUUUUUAUGAUGUGAAUCCAUCUGAUGUACGAAAACAGACAGGAAUUUUUGGACAAGUUUUUAAUAAACAUGAAGAUGAAGAGAACAUAGAAGAGGUGAAAAAAUGGAGAGAAGCUUUGAAAGAAGUGGCCAAUCUCGCUGGUUGGGAUUUACAAGAUAGGCAUGAGGCAGAAUUUAUCGAGCACCUCGUGGAAGUGAUUUCACAUAGGUUAAAUCCAAAAUCCUCAAGCUUUACCAAAGACUUGGUAGGAAUAAAUUCUUCAGUGGAGAAAUUGUUCACUUCGCAUUUGGGUUUUGUGAACAAAGUUUGUAUGGUAGGGAUUUGUGGCAUGGGGGGGGCUGGGAAAGACUACUCUUGCUAAAGCUAUU